GCUUUCUCGGCCUCCCUGAACUUGUGUCUGCAGGCUAGGGGAGGUGGGACAGGGGAGACUAGGAUACUCUCUGCCCCUCCCUUUGGAGGCGGGAAAGCCUAGUCAGUGGUGACUCAGCCCUGGGCCAUUCAGGGCUGGGGGUGGCUGCAGCUGCAGUGAGCUGAUGCUAGUGAUGACAGGGACCUGCCCCCCAAACAGAGACCCAGCAGCUGGCAGUGCCAGGGACGGGGAUAGUGAUAGACCAUGCCUUUCCACCCCUACGUCCUACCCCGUCUGUCCCUCCUGGAGGACGUGGGGACUGAGUCAGGGUGCUGUAACUCUGCAGGUGGUGGCUUCACGGUCCAGGAUGGUGUGGAACGAAGUGAUAGCAGCAACACUUUGGGGACUCCCCUGGUUCCUUCGGCCCUCUUUCCCUCCCCCUAUCCACUGCCUUCUGUUCUCCAGCCAAGGUCCCCUCCCUUGACUCCCUGUCUCCACUGCCCUGGGUCCUGGAGCAGGGCAGGGCCUCGCAGCAGCUUCCUUCCUUCCUUUCUUGGGACGGAAACCCAGCUGGGUGUGGGGGGCGCCGGACAGGGGAGGGGGUUCAGUAACCACCCUGCUACCCAAAGUGAGUCAGCCCCUACGUCCCCACCCAUCCCCAGGGAAGCUGGGCCACAGUGGGAGGUAGAUAAGUAGGGUGGCAGUCUCGGCUGGCCCGAGAGCUCAGGCCACUCCGGGCUGGUCAGCUCCUGUUUGCCGUUCCUAGCCCACUUCUCAUGGCUCGCUCCAGGAAUACCAUGCUGCCUGCCUCCGCCCCAGGAGCUUCUCCACAGAACUUCCACCGAGGGCUCGUCCAGGAUGUCAAUGGGCCCCCAAGGGAGCUGCGUCCCCGGCUCUGCCACUUACGAAGGGGACCCCAGGGCUAUGGAUUCAACCUGCAUAGUGACAAGUCCCGGCCUGGUCAGUACAUCCGCUCUGUGGACCCGGGUUCGCCUGCUUCCCACUCUGGUCUCCGUGCCCAGGACCGGCUCAUUGAGGUGAACGGGCAGAAUGUGGAGGGGCUGCGCCAUGCCGAAGUUGUUGCCAGAAUCAAGGCACGGGAGGAUGAGGCCCGGCUGCUGGUGGUGGAUCCCGAGACUGACGAACACUUCAAGAGGUUGCGGGUCACACCCACUGAGGACCAUGUAGAAGGUCCACUGCCAUCACCAGUCACAAACGGGACCAGUUCUGCUCAGCUCAAUGGUGGUUCCGUGUGCUCAUCCCGAAGUGACCUGCCAGGCUCAGAGAAGGACAAUGAGGAUGGCAGUGCCUGGAAGCGAGACCCUUUCCAGGAGAGUGGCCUCCACCUGAGUCCCACAGCAGCUGAAGCCAAGGAGAAGGCUCGUGCUACCCGGGUCAACAAGCGGGCACCACAGAUGGACUGGAACCGGAAGCGAGAGAUCUUCAGCAACUUCUGAGCCCCUCUCUGCCUGUCCGGGGCCCCAGGGUCUCUUCCUGCACGGACCUUGGGCCUUUCCAGAGCUUCCCAAGCCUCAGCAGACUGGAGGGUGGCAUCACACCACCCAGAAAACAACCCAUGACCCCACGAACCCUUGUCUUGUCCACUGGGUGCUGCGGCUGUCAUAGCAAGAUGAGGGAAGAGAGAAACCCAGAGAUGAGAGACAGAAAGACAGAGACAGAGACAGAAACGGACAGACAGAGACAGAGAAGCAGUGAGAGAGGGAGGAGCUGUGAAUGGUGGUCUGCCAAGGGCCUUUGCUGUUCUGCCUCAGGCCUGCUGACUGAAAGGAAUUCAUGUUUUUGCUUUUUUUCCUAAAAGGUCUCCAGCUCCACAUGUGUUUCUAGUUAAUAGUGGAGCCCCCUCCCCCAGCCCCUGGGGACUCACUCUCUAAAUAAUUGCAAUAAAACAAACCUUUCCCUGCAAACCCUCUCUACCCACCCUGUCAGCAGCGCCAUCCUGAGCAGAGACCAGGGACUCUGGGGAACAGGCAGCCAGGGGCCCUCAGGGCCAGCUGUGUGCAGGAGCUUACAUUCUGUCCCCUCCCUAGCAUCCCUAGCGAGGCACGGUCCCUAUACCAGGCCUCUCUUCUCUGCCUGGCUACCCCUGUGCUGCCUCCCACAUGCUGGGUUCUGGAAUGCAAAGCCUAGGCUCUCUGAGGGGCCAGAGGAUGGCGGUUCCAUGACUCCGAGAGGGAAGCCUCUGGACCAGCUCGUUAUCCUGCUCUGCAGCUCCCGAACCUGGAGAUGGUGGGUCUGUGUUAGCCAUUCCCAGAUGGUCCUGGGCUCCUGGGCCUGGCCCCUGCCUUGUGCCUACCUGGCACCCACCCUCUGACUUUUCCUCAGUGCUCUCAACGCCCAAACUCACUUAUCGGCACCGCAGUCUGCCUCGUAAGCCAUAGCGCACGUGCGCGCGCACCCUCAAAUUAAACAGGCCUUGCCUUGGA